GAGUAGACAAAUUUUUUCAUUUCCAAGCGAGCGCCUCUAGAAUGCUUCGAAUUGAGUUGCGAUAAAAAAGUUUUAUUAUUUUGAUUAGUCAAAGUCAAGGAAAAGACAGCAAGUAGUUGAAAGAAAGAGGUGAAAGCAAAAACAAAGUGGAAAACAAAAAUUCAAAACAUAAACAUAGAGUUUUAAUUAGAAAAUAAAUACACGAAAAAAACAAUAGAACUGUGCCGCCAAUUUGAGAAUUGUGAAUAAGAAUAUUAAUUGGACAAAAAGAUGUGCGCACAUUAGUAGUAGUGGUAAAAAAUAUCUGAAAACGCGAAAGACAUUUACAAAGGCAAGUAGGUAGCAGAAAGGCGCAAGUGAAGCGAGAAGCCAAAAAAAAAAGUAAAGAAUAAAAACACUGGUGCUCCGUUGGCCAGAAUUUAAACUGUAGGAAUAAAAAAGUGGAAAUCUGUGUGCAAUAUAAAAGUGUACAUUUGUGAAGUUUUGAAAACGAGAGCAUCUAGUGGAUUAGCCUGGAAUUACUGAAGUACAGCAGUGUUCGUCAAAAGAACAGCCAAUCGGUGCUGGUGCGCGAGACCCCCUAAAUGUUGGAUUCUUUGGGAGUUGACUUAGCCAACGCCGUCGCCAUCGCCACUGGGUUUGUAAGAGAAACCUUGCUGAACGAACGACAUGGAAAGCAUCUGUAGAUUGUGCUUUCAACCAGCAGCGUUGUUCCAAGUGCCCGGCUACAAUAUACCCACUUGUGUCAAGUGCUCCGAACAUCUAACUGCUAACGGCUUCUAUCCAUCAGUACGCGGCAGUGGUGGUGCUGGUGCUGGAGGCCCAAGUACUGUGGAUACACAAAAUCUGGCCAAUGUUGCUGCAGUUGCUGCACAACUGAGUAAUAACGUCGCCGCUGCUGCUGGGAAUAAUAACGUCGCUGCCGUCAACGCUUUGGCACAACAAUUACAACAGCAACAUCAACAACAGCAGCAACAACAACAGCAGCAACAGCAACACCAACAUCAAUUGCAAUCAACAAGUUCUUCCGAAAGUCUGCAGUCAUCAUCCGAGAUUACAGAGAAGCAAAACCGGCAAAAUCGUCGCCAGGUUUCCUUGCAGAAUCGCGCGAAAUUAAAAACGGUCACAAUGUCCGCCUUUGAAUUGGAGAAGACUAUUCAACAGUUAGAUGUGGACUUGAUUUUCAACGAGGAGGGCUCCUGUCCGCUUUGCAACAAGACAUUCUCGCGGAAAUCUUCGCUCCUCACACACAUACGUAAUCAUGCGGCUGAGCGGAAAUUCGUUUGUAAUUUUUGCAAUAAAGGCUUCACACAGGCUGCAAAUUUGCGUAAUCACGAACGCAUACACACAAACGAUCGACCCUAUGUGUGUGUGGAUUGUGGCAAACAGUUUACUCAGAUCACAAAUUUGAAUAAUCAUCGUCGAUUGCACACUGGUGAACGUCCCUUCGUCUGUAUCGAACCAGAGUGCGGGCGCUCUUUCGCACAGGUGACCAAUCUCAACAACCACAUGAAGACGCACCACAAAGUGCAGCAAUACUGUUGCAAUCAGUGCCCGAAGAAAUUCACACAAGUCACCUCGCUCAAUCAACAUCUGCAGGCGCAUGCCGGCAUAACCGGCUACUACUGUCCACGCUGUCCAGACAAGACGUUCAAGCAACAAUCGCAACUGCACACACACAUGAAAUCGCAUGGCAUGGCCUUCCCAUAUGAGUGCAGCAAAUGCGAUGAGAAAUUCUUGCAGCAGGCGCAUCUCGAUCAGCAUCUGAAGAUGCACGACGAAUUCAAAUUCAAAUGUGACAUCUGUCCGAGCUCAUUCAAUCAGGAGACGUUACUCAAGAAGCAUGUGCAACGACAUGUGGAGGGAAGGUAUCUCACCUGUCCGGUGGCCAAUUGCAAUGAGGCGUUCGCUGUGCGCCAACAUUUGUCCAAACAUUUGCUAACGAAUCACGCACAUAAUGAACUACCGCCGCCGAAACGUUCAAAGAAAUCGAUAACAUUACAAUCGCCGCAACAGCCGUUGGCAAUGAUCGGACAGCCACUCUCCAUACAGCACACAGCCGGCCAACGUAUGUGUUCGAAUACUGGAAGAAAGCGCGGCCGCCCGCGCAAGAACAAAGAACCACAAAAUCCUCCCAUCAAAGUUGAGAUUAACGAGCCACCAUUGCACAAUCAGCACGUCAUCAGCAAUGCUAGCGGCCUAUCCAUACAGCAGCAAAUUAGCCAGCAUAUGCAGCAGCAACAACAACAGCAACAGCAGCAGCAAUUGCAUCAGCAGCAGCAACAACAACACCAUUUGCUGGCCAACCAAGUGAAGGCGCGUUUCAUACCGACGAAAUAGAGGCGCCAGCGCUGCACGUCUACGCACUAAAUCGCUUCACUACUACUUUUCAUAAAUAAUUUGAAAAUUUCUAAUUAGUUUCGCAACUUCUUGGAGCAACUAUUGCUGCUUGUGUAAUAUUUAAGGCUUUAACUUAAUUUUUAGUGAUUUUUUUAUUUUUUAUUUUCAUUUAUUUGUUACUACAUUGCAUGCAGUGCCACGGACCGUGGAUCCUGGAUGUAUGCUACAUAAAACGUAAACAAAAUGGAAAAAAUUAGAGCUUAUACGUGAAGCGUAUAAGAAAUAUUACUAACUUAAGUGUAAAAAAACUGUUAAACGAAAUAUUGCGGCUUCGGGGUGGCAAAUUCAUUGGCAAAUGCUGGGUGUGUAGAAGACAAUUGUCUAAAAACGAGGCAAGCAAUUUUGCGAAAUUUCGAACUUCCAUUUGUGCAAAUGCCAAUAAUAGACUUUCCAAAUAGAAUCGCAUUUUUGGGAGAUACAUUUUUCUUUUUUUGUUUUACUUCUACUUUUGAAUUUCAGUGCAGCCAGUUAAAAUUGUUUU